AUGGUUUUCUCUACCUUUGCUUCGUUUGUUUUUAAUAAUCUUCCGGAAGGUACAUUAGCCAAAUGGAACCUUUUGGUCGGAUUUGCUGCCAUUUUUAAUACCAUCCAAUCCUACAUUACUCCCAAGCUGACGAAACGCGUAUACAGUAAUUCUAAGGAAGUAAAUGGACUACAAGGCCGCACCUUUGGUCUCUGGACUUUUUUGAGCGCACUUAUUCGUAUUUACUGUGCCUAUCAUAUGUCAAGUGCAGAUAUUUAUUUUAUCUGCCAGUGUACUUACUACUUGGCUAGCUUCCACUUUUUAACUGAAUGGCUUCUCUUUCGGAGUGCAAACAUGGGUGCUGGUUUGCUCAGUCCCAUCAUUGUGUCCACCAUAAGUAUAAUUUGGAUGGCGAAGGAGAAACAAAUUUAUCUUGGUCUAUUAGCCUAA